CACACACACUCUCACAGCACAUGCACAGAGUGGCACCAGCCCACAGUACUACCGAGUGAGGCAGCGGUGUGUGAUUGUGAGGGGAGAGAGAGAGAUAGAUAGAUAGAUAGAGAGAGAGAGAGAGAGAGAGAGAGAGAGAGAGAGAGAGAGAGAGAGAGAGAGAGAGAGAGAGAGAAGCAUUUACUCUUCCUCACUCCAACUGGAGAAGUGAUUCCAACUGAGGACUUUCUUAUCAGACCAUGGAAGCGAACAAGUCGGAGUAGAAGCGAAGAGAAGAGAAAAAAAAAGUCCCUGCUGGCUGCACAGGACACAAGGAUUUCAUCCGAGGGAUUACCGGACAGUUCAUCACUGCCUGUGUCAUGCUGAUAUCCUAAAUGACCAUCUCUUGUUGACAGGAGCCACUCCGCUUCUUGGAUUUCUCAAGGAUCAAAGUUUUUUUUUUUUUUUUUUUUUUUUUUUUUUUUCUGAACAGAGUGUGUGAGUGAGGUGUGUGUGGCAGCAGGAAACAUGUCAGUCGGACACUUUGCUCACCUGUUGAGGGGAGCCUGGCUGCUGUGGCUGUGGCAAGCCGUGCUUGUGGCUGGGACUGGGGGUAAACUAUGGGAAGUCCCGACAGCACCCCUUACUUCCUCCUCCAACUACAGUGAGAGCCUUCAGUGGGAGCCCUACUGUCAGUACCACCACCUACAGGACAGAGUGAGAAUCACGGCAGACAUCCCCCCUAGACUGGAGGGCACUUGGGUGUCAACGAGAUGUGAGGUUCGGCCCGGCCCAGAGUUCCUGACCCGCUCCUACACUUUCCACCCCAGCCGUCAGUUCAGGCUCUUGCAGCACUACUACACCAACAGCGGCUGUGAGGACCCGGCCUACUCCCUGACUAUCAGGGGGAAGCUGCGCCUGCGCCAGGCCUCGUGGAUCACCCGCGGGGGUACUGAGGCUGAGCACCACCUCAGCAAGGUGGGCAUUGUGGUCCACAGCCCUGGUGCCAUGCAAAGGCUGGCAGCCCGCCUGCCUCCGGUCUGCGUGGGUCUAGCUAUGGGUCGAAUGGUGCCAGGGAGGAUGUAUGAGCUGUACAACUCCCGGGGCGGGAGGGCCUGUCUGGCCGCCCUGGGCUUCUCCAUGAUGGAGAUGGGUCUGGUCAGGGUGGAGACCCAGCACAGCAACCAUGGUGGGAAAGUCCAGGAGUUGUUCCUUGGGGAUGUACACACCGACUGGACACAGAGGACUCACUACAGACCCACAGGGUAUCAGCAGCCACUGCAGAACGCCAUGCACCACGUCCAUCCCUGCCCGGUUUGUGCCCUGGUGUACCGCUCCUCGGAGCAGCGCCCCCCAGUGUUGCCCCGCAUCCUUGCAGCCCCUCUGACCCUGGGAGGCCGCUGGGUCAGCCAGCGCUGUGAAGCCCGUCCUGCCGUCCUCUUCCUCACCCGAGACUUCACCUUCAAUCCUGACCAGCACGCCUGGGAGGGCAUCUACCGCCACUACUCCGACCCCACCUGCUCUCAGCCCACGUUCACCUUGACAGCGUCCGGGCACUACGCCCAGGGAAAUCCGUCCAUCAAGGUCUCAGGAGCCACUGAGUUCGUUUUCAAGGUCACCCAAGUGAGAGUUACAGCCUUGGAGGAGUCCACAGCUAAGGUGCUGAAUGGGACGAGGCCGGGCAACUGUGGUCAGGCGGGCGGGUGGGAGGUCGGGGUGGAGCAGGACUUGACUCCCACAGAUGGGUGCACGGUGCUGGGCAUCAAACUGCCACACAAGGAGUAUGAGCUCUUCAAGAUCGAGCUGAACCACAAGAAACACCCGCUGCUGUUCAUUGGAGAGAGGCCAACCGACGGCUCCAGCCCCGACCGACCACAGAGGAGGCCCACUUCCUUCCAGGCUCCUAUGGUGCUUUGCAGCGGCGGGGAGACGUUGCCCUCACAUCAUCACGCUUCUAACAGCAAGCAAGUGCAGCUAGCAGUCAGCGGGACGGAGAGGUUGGCACAGGUGGCACUACUGCUGCUGGGAUGUGUGCUGUGCAGCUGGCUCUGUGUUUACUAGAGACAAAUUUAGACUUUACUAAAGCCGUUGAUGGACACUGUCUUUCUGGCAGCUUUCUCUCACUCUUCUUUGAUAUAUUAUUGAACACAUGACUGGUCAAGAAAAUGGUCAAAUGGUCAAAGAAAGAAAAAGAAUUUCCAAGACUUACAGGAGAUCUGAAUGAUUUCUCCAACCUGGUUGCUAAGGUGGAUUUCUAAAUGGCGUUCUUCACCUCUGAUUGUAUUAUUAUGCUGUUUGUAGGUUCACUUCAAUGACUCCUAUUUCAAUAGUGUAUGUUCAAUUUCCAUCAUUUCAAUAUGUAAAAAUGUAAUUCUUUUGAUGCUUUUGUAUAAUGAACAGUCAAAACAGGUAUUCUUGCUUUACGGAGAUGAGUUCCUUUAAGAUUCCCUCUCUGAGCAAACGCUGUAGGUUUUCCACUAACGCUAUUGUAAAACGGCAUCACAGUGCUGCAGUGUGGGCUGGUUAUUUCCACAUCCAACUGCAAGCGAUGGACAUUCCAGAGGAGUUCAUAUGUGAGCUCAGCCAGCCAAGAUGCAGUAUAAGUCAAGCACUUUGUACAGAACAUUGUUUUCUCACCAUACAGACAUGAGGGAAACCACAAAACUACAAAAUGUGUAAUCAAGACUGUAAUAGCUAACAUCCUCACUGGUCAAAUCCCACUGUAUUAUAAAAUGUUCCGCUUACAGCUCAGCCGUAUUUGAUAUAUUCCUCUUCUAAUUAUGUACAGGAUUUCUUCUUUUUCAUGCAUUACUCCUGAUUAACCUACUUGUCUAUUGACAG